CGCCAAACCAUCCAGAAGCUGCUGGCGCCCCGGCCAAUCAAAACCUGCAGCGCAAACUGCAUCCCGCUUGAGGCCGCAUCUUCACCGCGUUACUUACCACUGUCUGCUUGCUCAAAUAUGAGUUCGUCUUCUGCAACGCGAUUUCGCCUGCCCCCGACGCGUAUUUUCACAUUGCUCGAAUAACCAUCACGAAACAACCAACUUCGAUUGUUGCCUGGCCCCCCCAACAGUCUUCCAGAGCAUGAUAGACCAUCCGAACCGCCUGCGCUUCCUUCCGGGAUGAACUCUCUGUGGUCCUCGAAGUCGGUCGACGAUGACGUCCCCGCUGCAAAGGAGCCACCACCUACCGGCGAUGUCGCCGAUGCCGUCGUCGCAGAUGUCGGUCCCGAUGCGAGCAACCCACCGCCCCCUCCGCCUCCGGCACGACCAUCUUUGCAAAGAAACUCCUCCACACCAUCUGCCGUUCCCGCGCCGGCUCCAGUCCCCCCCGCUCCGAUGCCUCCUGCGCCUUCCGAUCAACCGCAACCAACCGACUCGCUGUCGUUGAUGCAGUUGAGACGAAUAGUCGCCGAGUUCAGCCGUGGCGAAUCCGUUGCAUACGACUUCGUCUAUAGCGACAUGGGCUCGCACGACGAGGAGAUUGAUGAAUGGUUCGUGUACCAGUUUUGGCAGUGGGUGCGGCUGAAUGCCGCUCAAAGAGCAUUCGAGUGGCAGUGGCAGCACGAGUACGAUAUGCAUACGACUUGGGAAGAGACGGAGCACGAGGCAAGAGCCAAGUUCACACAAGACGCCCUGGAUGGCCUCCAGGUCAACGACCUCACACAACGUUCAGCGUCACUUGGCAAGAUCUUAUACUUGGUGUUGGGCCGAUGGGGCGAUACUUCCACCCCUGCGACCAUCGGCGAUAGGAGGUCGGCUGCGAGUGUGACACAGCUGGUGGCCAUACGAUCAAGCAUUGCCUUCCUUACGUCCCUGGGUGGCAUUGGCACAGUCUGGGAGGCUUUGCAAAACUGCUUCAAUGUGUUCUGGUUGGAUGAUCCUCGACUCGCGCAACCAGGUGGUACCCAAGAGGCCCAGGAUGAACUGAUUAACCUAAUGACCAUCAUGUAUGUCAUCAUUCAGGAGGCUUUGAGCUUCCCCAAGGAACUCGAGACGACCAGAUCCGAACUUCUUUCUUUGAAACCCGGUCUUGUUGACUUUAUGUCUAUGGCAGCAGCUAAGCUGCGUUGGGACGAUGGCAAUUUGAUGCCAUCCAGCCAGAUCUUUUUACUUUUCUGGAAGACCGUUCUCCUAGUCUUUGGUGGCACGCAAGAGAUCGACGAGGCUAAAAAGGCCACCAGCGAAUCGCCCAACGUGAAAUCCAAAGAUGUCAUCACUGCGUCGCCUUUGGACUACCAUGUAUUCCGACAAGAGCUUACUUCCAAAUACCCCGCCUACGUGCCGCCGAGGACGCUCAUUCCCCUCGAACCGGAGAACACGACUCUCCUGCCGCCGUUACCUAAUCACCCUACCAGAACUAGUGCGGCGAUAGGGAUUGUCCCGGGACCACCCAACCCGCAAAGCAGCGGCGCUUCUAUCCUGCACCAGCCAGUCCACAUCGCGACACCUGCUCCUUCGCCACCUCCGUCCCCUGGUGUUGGGGGUAAGGGCGGGAAGAAACAAAACUAUCAGACGAACCAGAACUUCCCAUUCAUGUACCCUCCUCUGGAUGCCACCAGCAACAGUGCCGGUGGUAAAGGUGGAGCUGGGCUACAGGAGCAGCUUGUUGGUCGCAGAUGGGAGGGCAGUGAUAUUCCCGCGUCGAUUCUGGAGGCGGGAGAACUGUUCUCAAAGAGAGUUCGCAUGACGCGCGCUACUCGCCAGCUUUGGGAAGAACGCGAAGGCUUCCUCAAAUUCGAGAGGGGAUGGGAAGCAGAGGACAGCGAUGACGACGUUGACAGCAUCGACCUUGAAGGGUUGAGUCUGGAAGAGAAGCAAGAAAUUGCUGCGCUCAAGGCCGAGACCCGGGCCGAAGAGCGCAGGGAGGCACAAGUUUCAGUUCGAGGACCUGAAAUCGAUUGCGGUCCUGCUGCAGACAAAGUGAGCGACGAGGUCAAGCGUCGACUGCUUGCUGUCGAGAGCUUCUAUAAGGAGUCUCUUCCUCACAUGCAGUCGCUCGUGAUCGUACUCCUGAGACCGAUCCUUGUGAACGUCACUGCUGUCUUAGCGCAGCCCGCCGCAGCACAACAACACCCGAGUAUGGCCGGUAGAGGGGCUAACGGGAUGAAUGGUGGCCCGGGGUCUAACAGGCAACAACAAACCCAGGAACCCUCGUCAACGCAGUCAGGUCCCGCCGAGCUUCCCGAGAUGUCGCCUGAAGAGGUGGAUGCCGCAAGGUCCCGAGAGAUCACCACCAAAGCCGUGACGGCCAUCUUGCUCCUCCUGUUGAAGUGGCUUAGAGUUUCUCACGUUCUCAAGUUCGAAUACAUGACACAGCUUCUGCUCGACUCCAACUACCUCCCGCUAGUGCUCAAGCUGUUUGCGCAUCAGGACGUCCAGCAAGUCGUUGACAGUAAGACAGACAGGCUCGAAAACAGUUUCUUCCACUUCUGCAAUCUGCGGUCCAAGUUCAAGGACCAGCCGCCCGUCCAGGCAGAAUCCGAGGAAGAGAGCGAAGACGAAGCGGCGCCACCGCCUAUCAAGAGAAGGCGGUCACCACCCCGAGCGACAACGGCCGCCACGGGCGAUGGCGACGACAACGCUAGGGUCGAGGGACAGGCUGCGGUGCGGCCUGAAGUCGACGAGCUCGGGUAUCCCGUUAACGACCUACCGGCCAAGCCGAUCACCGACUUCUCGAGGAGAAACUUUUUCUCCUUGAUCAACUACCUCCGGAUCAUGCAGAAGAUAUGCAAACACAAGGCCCACAGAAAUCUCCUUCUGGUGCAGUACAAGUCGGCCAACAUCCUUCGCAAGUCUCUCAAGAUUCCCCAGCCGGAGCUCCGGCUGUACACCUUGAAGCUGUUCAAAAACCAGGUGCCAUACUGCGGCCGCAAGUGGAGGCAGAGCAACAUGCGCGUCAUCACAGCGGUCUAUCUACACUGCCGGCCCGAACUGCGUGACGAGUGGCUGGCGGGCAGCGAUGUCGACGCCGAUGUCGAUUCGGCACUGCCUUUGGAGCAGGCGUUGCGCAGCCUGACCCAUUGGUUCAACGUACGGUGGUAUCCGGACAAAAUUGCCGUCGAGCUGCGGGCUGCCCUGCGGGAGGAGCAGGACUUUUUCACGAGGGAAUUGGAAAAGUUGGACAUGAACUGGGCUGACGUGGGUCUCGACGAUGGCGCAAACAGUGAGUGGGACGAGGCGGCCGGAUGGCCAUGAUGCACCCUGAAAGUUCACGCUUGACAAGGUUUGCUGACACGUGGCCGAGUGUCUGGUUUAGGUUAUUGAGCAGCCGAACCGAGCAACUGUAUCUCUGUGUGACGGCAUUCUGAGAUCAGAAAAGGGCGGGUUAGCCGUCGAAGCCUGGGCUGGCCGCCUGUUAUGCCUAAUGGAUGUAGUACCAUGACGCUUACGAAAAAGAAAAGGAAGGAAAACCCCAAAAUCUGCAAACUCUUCGCAAUUGAUGAAUGAAAACAUGACGUGUGUGUAACGCCGCAUUCGUAGCGCACAGUCAGCGUAUUAAAAAUCAUCAUUAUCUGAUAUGGUUCAUUUGAUUCGUUACUACAAAUUGUCAAAACGCUGUCGACAUCUUUUCGACAUGUAAGACUCCUUCAAAACCCUGGGUAUAUUGCCAUCCAUGACCAGUCCUGUCCCAUUGUUGUACGUUCGUAGCAGUUUGUUUUCUCUUCUUUACUGCUUCCUUCGGCCCAGCUGAC